AUGAAGAGGAGAGCCGCCGAGAGGGGGAGUUGCCGAGAAGAAGAGCUGCUGGAAGGAAGAGCAGUGGUGAAGACGCGCGCCGAUACCACAAUCGCCAGGGCGAGGACGACGCGCAGCCGCGGUGCCCGGCAGUAUCAGUCUGCCAUCUACUGGCUCGUUCACGCUCGACACUAUUACAGCGCUGCCAACACCAAGCCAUCGAACCGACUACUGCCAUCCAGUUUCCCCAAGGGUAGAGGAGCCACUCUUCAGCCGGGAAGCACGGCGACCCCGGCGCUGGAUCGUGCAGUCUGCCGCGAGAGGCUGAAGCAAGACUCGACGUGA